AUGGCUACACUCUCCUGCUCCCAGUCUCACCCUGCUCCACCCAGACCCAAACAGAUCGCUGCAGAUGCAGAUCUAGCUUGUGAACAAGCUCAUUACUAUCUUUGUAUCAAAGCACAAAGCAGAUGGAAUGACCUAGCCAUGUUUUUCCAUGAAUACGAUAGCGAUGGAAAUAACAUCGUUCUGAAAAAGGAUCUGAAAAAUGUCCUGUACAGAUGUGGUAUUCCCAUAAAUCCAAAAGAAUUUGAAAAACUCUGGGCAAGGUAUGAUGUGAACGGAAAAGGCUGCCUCACUCACCAAGAGUUUCUAUCGAAAUUGGGGGUACAGUGUACACCUCCUAGCACUGGACUCAACAGACAGUGUACAGAAGACAACUGUGUACCGUUUAUGAAUCAUUACAAAAACGUAGAAAGGAAAGAAACUGACAUCAAUGAGAUUGUAAAUAAAAUCCGAUUGGGCAUUAGCAUUCAGGACAACAAGCUCUCAUAUUUUGAUUUUCUAAGAUCAAUUGGUGAUCGUGGCGCAUUCAGAAGGAAAAAACGUAUCCUGCCACCUGUACCACCUAUCAGCUUCAUGCAACUGGGCAUAGAUGAAACCAUGACGAGGAUAAAACAGAUUGUUACAGCUUCAUCUGAUUUGUUAUACAAGGCCUUUUCUGCUUUUGACAAGGAGCAUACAGGAGCAAUUUCAGCCCAGGAUUUCCGGCAGACUGAGAGAGAGCGUAUGAAAUUGGCUUGUUCAGAGCUGACGAAUCAACAGGUAUUGGACCGUAUACGAGAAGUAGUGAGUGCUCGUUUUCAGGCUGUUGAGCAAGAGUUUAAAAACGCAGACACUGCAAGAGCAAAUGUUGUGUCAAAAGAAGACUUCCGAGGUAUCUGCCAUCGGUGGUUUAUGCUUCUGACUGAUCAGCAGUUUGAGAGUCUCUGGAACACAGUUCCUCUUGGGCUUAAUGGGAAAUUGAAAUAUCCUGCAUUUUUGAGGAAGUUCAGUGUUGAAGCAUCAGAAAUGCCUGAUACACCCAAUGCAAACCAUUUUGAAGGCCCUGAAAUGCCUACAACGCCAGCUGAACCCACAUCACAGUUGCCUUCACGCCCCAAAACAGCAUCCUCUCCACCAUCUCCAAACAAAGUAAGUGGCCAGAAUUCUUAUGCUAUAGCAGAGAAAUUUCAUUUGAAUUUGACCAAAGAAGAAAGUAAGCAACUCAUAACAAAAUAUGAUUUUAAGAGUGUUGGCAAAUUUGCAUACUGUGACUUCUUACAAAGCUGUGUGCUGUUGCUUAAACAACAAGACACAUCUCCUCUACAAAGGAUUGUAAUCCAAAAUCCACAAAUACAGAAAUCCACUGGACCACAAACACCAACAUUUUUCAAUGCAAUGAUGAGGAUUCAGCCCCAGAUCCUGCACUGCUGGAGGCCAAUGAGACGAACUUUUAAGAUGUAUGACACAAGUGGGAAUGGACUCCUCAGCAUUCAGGAUUUCAGACAGGUACUCCGAAAGUAUAGCAUCAAUCUGUCUGAAGAGGAGUUUUUUCACAUCUUGGAAUAUUAUGACAAAGUAUUGACUUCCAAAAUCUCCUACAAUGAAUUCCUCAGAGCAUUUCUGCAGUAG